AAGAGAUAAGAAUGUACAAGCCAAACUUGGAGUAAGCACCGCGUACCUUUUCUAUCUGCUCGGAACUGGUGAGAGGCUUCGUUGGCGAUACCCAGGUAUAACGGAGUAGACAGUUCUACAAUGCCACGACGGUGAAGGUGUUUUCCGACUGUCUAGACGGCUAUCUGAUUGGUGCGUCGCGAUAACGGCCCACAUGCCCCGCCACAGCCCACCUUUAAUACUCUUUUUCUUCCUCGCCAGGCUCUACAAAGCACUCCAGUGCACUCCUCCCCACCGCUUUUUCUUAUAUCUCACCCAUCAGUCACUAUGGUUUCCGCAUCGAAAGCUGCCCGCAUGGCCAAAAAGGUCGCCGACGGCAAGGAACCCAAGAAGACCGCCGCCUCCAAGGUCGGCUCCCGCGCUGCCUCCAAGAACGCAUCCACUGCCUCGUCCGUCAACGGCGACGACGACGACGAGGUCGACGAGAACAGCGAGGUCCUCCAGAAGUUGAAACUCCAAGAAGACAAAGACGGCAUCUCAGACCGGGUGACGACAGGUGUGCUGUCAUCCCUCGAGGCCUCCCGCGAUGUGAAGAUUACGUCCGCCUCGCUCGUGUUCCACGGCAAAGUUCUGUUCAACGACACCACUCUCGAGGUCAACUACGGCCGUCGGUACGGGCUCCUCGGUGAGAACGGAUGCGGAAAGUCGACUCUCCUAAAGGCUAUCGACAAGCGCGAGUACCCCUUCCCUGAGCACAUCGACAUCUACCUACUGAACGAGGGUGCCCCGCCAUCCGAGUUGGGUGCAUUAGAAUGGGUUGUCAAGGAGGCCGAAAACGAGUUGGCGAGGCUAGAGAAGCUGGCUGAGGACAUUUUGGACAGGGAUGGGCCUGACAGCCCGAUCCUGGAUGAGCUCUAUGAGCGCAUGGAAGGAAUGGACCCGUCGACUUUCCACACCCGCGCCUCUCUCAUUCUCACCGGUCUCGGUUUCGACAAGGUCACCAUUCACAAGAAGACAAAGGACAUGUCCGGUGGCUGGAGAAUGAGAGUAGCACUCGGCAAGGCUCUCUUCGUCAAGCCUUCCCUCCUCCUUCUCGACGACCCCACCGCACAUUUGGAUCUCGAGGCCUGCGUGUGGCUAGAAGAAUACAUGAAGAAGUGGGAUCGUACUCUGAUCUUGGUGUCGCACAGUAUGGAUUUCCUGAACGGCGUGUGCACAAACAUGAUCGAUAUGCGUCUGAAGCAACUUCUGUACUAUGGUGGUAACUACGACUCGUACAUGAAGACCAGGACUGAGCAGGAGAUCAACCAAGGCAAGGCCUACGAGAAGCAGCAGGACGAGAUCAAGCACAUCAAGAAGUUCAUCGCCUCCGCUGGUACAUAUGCCAACUUGGUUAGGCAAGCGAAAUCGCGACAGAAGAUCCUAGACAAGAUGGAGGCCGACGGCUUUAUCCAACCUGUUGCUACGGAUCGUGUCUUCACCUUCCGGUUCGCCGACGUCGACAAGCUCCCACCUCCUGUCUUGUCGCUAGACGACGUGACAUUCUCGUACUCUGGAAACAAGAAAGACAACCUCUACGAAAACCUGGACUUUGGUGUCGACAUGGACUCCCGGACUGCUCUCGUCGGACCUAAUGGUGUCGGCAAAUCGACCCUCCUCCGUAUCUUCACCGGCGCGCUCUCCCCAACUCAAGGAACCGUAUCUCGUCACACUCACUUGAAGCUCGGUGUUUACACACAGCACUCUUCUGAGUCACUCGACCUCACCAAAUCUGCCCUCGACUUCGUCCGCGACAAAUACUCGGACAAGAGCCAGGACUACCAGUACUGGCGCCAGCAGCUAGGCAAGUACGGCCUCAGCGGAGAGUCGCAGACUGCCAAGAUGGGCACGCUUUCCGAAGGACAGAAGAGCAGAAUCGUAUUUGCGCUGUUAGCCAUCGAGAGCCCUAACAUGCUGUUGUUAGACGAGCCUACUAACGGUCUCGACAUCCCAACUAUCGACAGUUUGGCCGAUGCUAUCAACGCGUUCAACGGUGGUGUUGUGGUUGUUUCUCACGACUUCAGGUUGCUCGAUAAAAUUGCAAAGGACAUCAUGGUGUGUGAGAACAAGACUAUUCGCCGCUGGGAUGGCAGCAUCGCCGACUACAAGAAGCAUCUCCGCAACAAGAUGGUCUCGACUGGUGCUGUUUAGUUCUGGAUAGAUUAGACCAUUCAUUUCUUUGGUUUGGGUUGACUGCAUUGGGCUUAGAGGCGUUAGUGUAAUAGGUAAAACACAAUGAAUGAUUCAUGG